GGUAUUAGAUCUUAGAGAGCGUUGUGUGUCGAACUUCUUUCUUGGACUCUUGACUUUGCCUUGUCACGGAACCGCGAAUUCGCGGUCACGUGGCGAACAUAUUAGAAACUUGGUAAUUUAACACGAGUGCUUUCAUACUCCCCAGCGUUUUUCUGUCGACCAUUUGUCGUUCACCAACACACACAUAUCCACAAUGGCGAACAAAAAGUCGGUGAACAAACGAGGCCAAAAGCCCUCAGGAGGGGGCAACAGCGGCAACGGGCCCAAGAAACUAAAAAAAGACCCCGGAAUCCCCUCCCUCCUCCCUUUCAAAGACAAACUCCUCCGACAAGCCGAAGCCACCAAAAAAAAAGCCGCCGAAGAAAAACUCCGCCAACAGAACGAUCGCAAGACCCUCCAAUCCAAAAACCGGCCUCUCACCAAUGCCACUGAUCUCGCCACCCUCGCCCAGGACGCCGCUUCCCGCUCGCACACCUUUGAUGCCUCCCAACCCGCAUUAGAAGACAGUUUCUCAUUGGGAACAGCCGUGGAUGCCGCUGCGGCGGGUCUGAAGGAUAAUUCGCGCAAAGCGUAUUACAGGGAGUUUAAGAAGGUUGUGGAGAAUGCGGAUGUGAUUUUGGAGGUGCUUGAUGCGAGGGAUCCGUUGGGGUGCAGGACGAGGCAGAUCGAGGAGAUGGUGUUGAAUGCGGGGAGUGAUAAGAGGGUUAUCUUGAUUUUGAAUAAGAUUGAUCUGGUCCCGAGGGAGAUAGUAGAACAAUGGCUCAAGUACCUCCGCAACGAAUUCCCAACCAUCGCAUUCAAAGCCUCCACGCAGAAUCAACGCACCAACCUAGGCCACUCGACCAUCUCCGUCGACAUAGCGUCCGACCGUCUCCUUAGCACCUCCGAAUGUCUAGGCGCCGACAAUUUAAUGAAGCUGCUCAAAAACUAUUGCCGGAAUGCAAAUAUCAAGACCGCCAUCACCGUCGGCGUCAUCGGGUUUCCCAACGUCGGCAAAUCGUCUGUUAUCAACUCCUUAAAACGGAGUAAAGUGUGUAAUGUCGGAUCCGCACCGGGUGUAACUAAAGUGGCGCAGACGAUUCAGCUGGAUAAGGGGAUCAAGCUACUCGACUGCCCCGGGAUCGUGUUCAGUCAGAGCUCCCGCGCGGGCGAUGAGGCCGAGGUGCUGUUGAGGAAUUGUGUGAAGGUGGAGCUGUUGGAUGAUCCGGUGUCGCCGGUGGAGGUCAUUGUGGGGAGGUGUGAUGCGGGGCAGUUGAUGAAGAUAUAUGGGGUGGGGGCGUUUGGGGAUACGAGGGACUUUUUGGUGCAGGUUGCGAGGGUUAGGGGGAAGCUGAGAAAGGGCGGCAUCCCCGACAUCGAAUCCGCAGCCCGCUCCAUCCUACAAGACUGGAACUCCGGCCGCAUCCCCUUCUACACCAUCCCGCCGCAAGCCGGCCUCCCCGUCGCAUCCCACGUCUCCGCCGCCAUCGUCGAGUCCUGGUCCCGCGAAUUCGAACUGCCGGAUGUCGUCGAGACAGAGGGCAAGGAUUUGGCUAGCGCUGCGUUUGCGGAACGGGAGGAGGAUGCGAUGGUUGUUGAGGGUGUGGUGUAUGAUGUGGGUGGGGAGGAGCAGGGGGAUAUGAUGGAUGUCGUGAAUACUUCGACCACGCAACAAAGUAGUCUCGGACCUAUCAAACCCGAAAUCCGCUUCCGACCGACACCCUCCGCCUCCGCCUCCACAACUACGCCGAUGCCACAACCCCUGCCAACAACCCCCCUAACCCAAGAAGAAGCCGACCUCAACCCGCGCGCCAACCGGGACCUCAAAAAGCAGCAAAAGCUGAAAAAGAAGAUGGACCGUAAAGCAUUGCGUGCCGAGGCAGCAAAUCAGGACGGGAUGAUGGAUGAGGCUCUGGGCGGCUCUGGAGGUGCGGGAGGCGCGCCCGGUGUGGAUGAGGUGUUUGGCGUCGCGAGACAGUUUGCGAUGACGAGUUUGCCGGGGGGCGAUAGUGAUGAUGAUGAAUGAUGAAUGAUGGAGUAGAGAGGUUAUUUUUGUAUGUAGAAUUUUUGUAGAGCUUGUUGCAAAGUUUUUGCGUGUCUUUUGACUGAAUGAAUGCGAGCGAGCGAGCGUGUUCUCCUGUUCUGACUC